UUAACGACGAAACGAAAAAAACAACUUCGAAAAAUUCCCCCCGAUAACGAAUCUCUUCUUCUCGCUGUACUAUUAGAACGAAGACCUACGAAUCUUGAAACGACCCACAACUUAACCUUACAUUCUCCAGCUCGACCAACCCCCCUCUCUUAUCCCAUCUACGAUUGUGCAUACCAUUCCCACAUUGGCUACAGCUACCGUUCUCUAAUCGCCAGCUCACACGUCGCCGCUCAACGCUGUAACGGAUCGCUGGGGGAAUCGCCCAUUCCGCCCACCCCACGCACACACCCACAUAUCCACACACCAGCUACCCCCCCAACCCACGCGAAAAUCAACACGACACAGGUAGCACUCUGGACAGCAUGGCAAGCCGCUUGGAUAUAGCGGUGCAGGCGCUCCAUCGUCGUGCAGACACAGUCGAAUGCUGGGACGAUGACCCAGACUUCGCCGAACUAGACCAGAUCCAGCAUCCCCCGGCCACUGCUACGACACCUACGACAACGACGGCGCCGGCGCGCGCAGGUGCAGACUACUAUCGCCGUGAGCCUUCCUCCGCCGUCUCGAGUCGGAGAUCCACCAUCACAUCCGCCUACGACCUUGACGCCCUCGAGGUUGCCGACCGCGAACACCAAAUUCCUUUCGACGGCUCGCCCGCCGCUGCGAUCAAGUCCGCUCAGUCCGCGGGUAUCCCCAUACCCGAAAACGUUCCCUUAUCGGCCCUCGUUGGCGGCACCAUCAAACGGUUAGGACCCAGCACCAGAGCAAGGAAGGUCACGAUGCACGACGACUGGGGCGAAGAUCUGGAGUUCCCCUCCAUGGGAGAUGCCUUCACCGUCAAGACGAAGGAAUUUCCACAGUCGCUACAUCACAUGCCGAGCAAAGGCAAAGGCAUCCGGAAUAUUUCGCCGUCGAGGGUGAAUCUCUUGCCCGUGACGAAUGCAAGCGAACAACUCAACAAGUUCCGAGACAUGCCUGAGGAUGAGAUGUUUUUCGGUGAGUGCGAACAGCUCCCGUCACUCAAAGCAUUUGCGGCAGGGAGAACACCGAUGCAGGGAAGAGGAGCCAACAUGUCGCUGCCGACACCGCCGUUAUCGGAAUCUGCAUUCAGGCCUUCGCCUACGUUUGCAGACGAUGAUUUCGACGCCGAUUUCGAAUUUCCUGCCGAUGCACCAUUACAACUUGGAGGUUUGAGGGGGAUGGAAAGAUCCCGACCGAUAGAUUUUCAUGCGAUAGACAUGGGAUUCGAGGAUUGGGGGGAUGGGGACAGUGGAUUGGGCUCCAGCUAUGCGGGCACCCGGGGUGGCGCCGAUCAUGGAGCACAUUCGGUUGUUUCGCCCAGCAUCUCAGCUAUGACCAUGGAGAGCGAGGAUGACAUGUACGGUUUGGAAUUACCCGGCGGUAUGCUUCCCGAUUUCCACAGGGCUCUCGAACGACGCCGGCGGGCGGCCGCGGCGGAAGAAUCGGACCUGGCUCCAGCCCCGAUAAACCACCAUUUCCACGCUCAGAAGGACUUCGACGACCCGGCGAGCGAGGAGGAGUUUUUCGAGGGAAUUGAAAUUGGCGAUGUCUUUGAUAGCAAGAAGCUAUCGCUGAACGGCAAUCCACUUACCCCACAGUCAUCCGCCGGAAGACUCAACAGGCUUACGCAAGGCCAUCCCACGCUCCUACCGUCGGCACCCCUCGAACCUGUCGCCGAGCGGGAAAACCAGCCGAGCACGGUCAAGCGGAUUCCCCGUAAUAACCGUUGGGGAAGCGCGGAUUACAGGUGGAAUAGUAGCGAACAGACACCCCCUCCACCGCCGAUACCCAGAACUGACAGGACGAGAACACUGGCAACGGAUGGGCGGAGACCUCUGUCGACAAAGUCCACACGGAAUCUGCGCGGCGACAAUGCUCCACCACCAACCACUACUCACGCUCAGUUGCUGAGAGCGAAACGCUCGAUGCCUAACAUACAGGACAGUCCGAAUUCGCAGAAGGGUUCACGACCGCAGAGCCGUGCAUCGAAUGGGCGACCACCCAGUCGUAGCUCUAGCGGCCGACCUCCUAGCAGCGGCAACGCCUCGACAAGACCGACAAGUAGCGGCACUAGACCUCCUCCUCCUCCUCCUCCCAGCAGCGCUACCAGACCGACGAGUACCGGUACCCGACCCACGAACAAUGGUUCCCGACCGACGAGUACUGGCGCACGACCUCCCAACGCAAACGUGCGACCACCAUCACGGAGUAGUAAUGGGCGUCCCCCUAGUAGGAAUGAUCGUACCAAAACCGCCAAUGCUCCUGCGGCUAGACAUCCUGCUCCGUUCAUGUGUGGUGGCAGUUCGACCAAGAGUAGCCAUCACGUCGCCGCGAAGACCUCGAACAAGAGUCUCGAUAGCCGUGGGGAAGGCAGCACUACCGAUCGACGACCCAAUUCUCGCCUGCAGAACCGCAAUAUUACUCCUCGUCACUCGCCCAGCUCCUCUGGGGCCAGCAAUACGACCGCCAAAAGGAUAACACCCGCGAUCGCACCAGAGCAACUACGGCGGGAGGCGGCGACCAUCGGAACACUCACUCAGCCGACGAGAAAACGCAAUUUCGGAGACGGAACCGAGCUCGAGACUUUCGAUGAUUUACCUACCAACGCAAAGGUUGAGAAUACAUUCACCAAGGCUCCUGCCGCGAGAGGAGUGGUGAAAGCUCGACCAAAGAGCAUACCGACUCGCGAGGCCGAGAGCCCAAGGAAGAAGAAGCAGCAACACGAAACUACUCCUCGACAGGACGAUGUUCCGAGGUUCGCACGGGACACUACCGCAUCAAGAAAAGCACGAGAAAUCACCCAGCAGAGACUCGGCAUGGGCACGCCUGUACCCCAGACGCCCAAUGCCGACCGUUGGCGAUCAAAGAUUGCGGCACGAAGUCAGGCACCGUCUCGCGUCCUUCCAAAGAAGACGUUGCAGCACAAGCCUCAUCUCAUCAAGCCGAUGGGCAAUAUCACUACUCUUCCUAAAGAGAACGCUGCCAACGGGAUGGUUUACAAUCCACGCACGUUUCGGUGGGAAGGAAAUGACAAGGACCUCCGGGCGUUCGAGGUGCCCGAUAGCCGUACGCCGCCUCGCCCGGCAUUAAUCACCAAAGUCAAUCAGUCUGGUAGCAAGAUGGGGAUUCAAGUUGUCGGUGGCAUGGUCUUCGAUCCCAGUCGUAUGUGCUGGUUGAAAGUGGACGAGGAUCCGGACGACGAGGAUGAUCCUUUCGAGGGACUGGAUGACUUGCCCGAGGACAUCAUGUCUGUCGACGGUCAAUCGGUUGCCGGCGCGCAGACAACCAGUAACUCGGUAGUCAUGAGUGGCGUCGGGGGUGCCUUCGGUGGAGCGGCAAGGAUCAGCGGUGGCUUUGGGGAGUUUGUCGUCGGAGAGGAGUUCGAUGUGGGUCCGGAAUUCGUGCGCCGGCAACGCGAGGAGGAGGACAGGUGGAGGAAGACGACGGAUGGGUGGAUUCAGCCGUCGGCCGACCUCACGACCAGAGAGAACCGAUACUAUUGGCGGGAGCUGCUGGCCGAAUCCCGGUAGCAGUAUCGAUGGAACUCUGAAACAUUUCCUUGAUUAUCGGGUGUUUCAAAUCUAAUAUGGACGACGAACACAUGGUAUGCAUUUUUGGACCGGUCCGAUGGAUG